AUGGAUCGCAAACUUACGGCUGAUCGUCUCUCGAAGGGGCUGUUGUCGAUCGGAUUGGUACUGGCCUGCGGAGCACUGCUGGCAGCCGGCGGAUGUGCCGGCCCUCUGGCCACGGCCAUGUACCUGAUUAACGGCACCGACAUCAAAGCCGAGUUCAAAGACCUCAAAGGGAAACGGGUCGCCGUGGUUUGUCGCCCGCCGGUUACCGAUCAAUUCCAGAACUCGCAAGCCGCUGAGCUACUGGCCCAGGAAGUGAGCCACAUGUUGGCGCAGAACGUGGCCGGCAUCGAUGUUGUCGACUACGCCGACGCCGCCGCGUGGCAGGACGAAAACACCUGGGACGACCCCAGCGAGUUGGCCGAAGGUGUUGAUGCCGACAUGGUGUUGCUGGUCGACUUGAACUCGUUCGACAUCUAUCAAGGCCAAACGCUGUACCAGGGCAACGCACGAGUGCAGAUUGCCGUGCACGACAUGGAGCAAGAUGGCAAAGUGGUGUUCGCCAAAACGCUUCCCCCGUCGAUCUAUCCUCCUAACGUGGGAGUGCCCACGUCAGAGCGGCCCGACGACAGCGUGUUCCGUGCCGAGUACGUUCGCGUGCUGGCCGACGAAGUUGGUCGCCACUUCUACAACCACGACUCCUACGCCGACGUCGCUCGGGACAGCAAGGCGCCGAUGAGAAUCUCGGGCACGCGGUAUGACACUGGCGAUGCAGUCACGGUAGAGAUCGAGGGGGACCGGAUCGCUCGGGUUGUUCCUCGCAACGCAGAACAGGGUGAUGCUGAGCCGGGCCCGUGGAUCGCACCGGGAUUUGUCGAUCUGCAGCUCAACGGCUACGGCGGGCAGCAGUUCAGUUCGGCCGAGCUUACCGUCGAACAUGCCGCCGCGAUUCUGGGGACCUAUCUAUCGUUCGGCACCACUCGGGUAUGCCCAACGGUGACCACGCAGUCGGCCGAAGUGCUCGAGCACUCGAUUCGCACGCUUUGCAGCACCAUUGCAAGCGACUCUCGGCUGAAACGUCUCGUGGCCGGGAUUCACGUCGAGGGGCCGUACAUCUCGCCGAGCGACGGCCCGCGGGGUGCGCAUCCUAAGCAGUUCACGCGUCCGCCGAACUGGGAUGAGUUCCAACUCUGGCAAGACGCGGCCGAUGGGGCGAUACGAAUUGUUACCUUAUCGCCGGAGUACCCGGAGUCGGCCGAGUUCAUCGCGAAGGCGACGGCCAGCGGGGUAGUGGUGGCGAUUGGCCAUACGGCGGCAUCCAGCGAGCAGAUUCGCGCGGCGGUCGAUGCGGGUGCUCAACUGAGCACGCACCUGGGCAACGGGGCGCAUCUGGAGUUGCCGCGACAUCCGAAUUACAUCUGGGAUCAACUGGCCGAAGAUCGGCUCACGGCCAGCAUCAUCGCCGAUGGGCAUCAUCUUCCGGCUGAAGUGGUGAAGGUGCUCAUCCGUGCCAAGACCCCAGAGCGGGUCAUCCUCGUUAGCGAUCUCUCUGGGUUUGCCGGACUGGCACCCGGAACGUACCCGAGUUCGCCCGGAGAUGUAACGGUGCUCGAGGAUGGGCGGCUGGUGGUUGCCGAGGAGCAUCGCCUGUUGGCGGGAGCAUCGCGGCCGAUUGGUACGUGUGUGGCGUUGGCCAUGCAAAUGGCCGAGUUGAGCCUGAGGACAGCCGUAGAGAUGGCAACCCAACGGCCCGCCGAAUUGAUCGGACUUAAGCCGAACGCACUACGGCCGGGCGAUCCGGCGGACCUGGUGUUGUUCGACCUGCAGCCUCGCAAGCCCCAAGAAAAAAAGAUGGCGCCUGAGUUGAAUGUCAGAGCGACCAUCUUGGCCGGAGAGUGCGUCUACGGUCAUGUGCCCACGCUUGAUUGA